AUGCUGUGCUUUGCGACCAAAAGGACAAGAUGCCUCACCUUAAGUGUGAGUGUGAUCAUCUGUUUAUUUAUAUUCUCUCAACCCUCUAUACAAAGACAGUUCUUUGGAGCUUGUGCAUGUGGUCAGUGUGUGGCUGACAUCUUUCAUGACACAUGGUUCCGACUGCACUACGACCCCAACAUCGAACUUUUGCUGACUAAGAAAAACAGCAUACUCAGCGACGCACUCUACAGGUGGUGGCAAAAGCUACAGUAUAAAAGCAGAGUGAACUACAAAGCAGUGGCAGAGAUGUUAUUUGGCAUAUUCCCAAAUGAAGAAGAUUACUCUGAUGCUGGUCCAGGACGCUGCAGAACCUGUGCUGUAGUGGGGAAUUCGGGGAACCUUAAUGGAUCUCACUAUGGUGCUCUCAUCGAUGCCCAUGAUCUUGUCAUUAGGAUAAAUAAAGGACCAACAGAGGGUUUUGAGCGGGAUGUGGGGCUUAAGACCACUCACCGUAUAAUUUACCCUGAGAGUGCUGUGGACAUGGAUAACUCCACUUAUUUGGUGCUGAUUCCUUUCAAGACUCUAGAUCUGCAGUGGCUAAUUAGUGUAUUUACAACAAAACACAUUGACCGAACAUACAUUCCAGUAAAACCCAGUAUAAAAGCAAACAGGGACAAGGUGAUGAUCCUACAUCCUGGUUUCCUGAAGUAUAUUCAAGAACGUUGGCUGCAGAAACAUGGCAGAUAUCCAUCCACUGGUUUUAUUACACUUAUAUUUGCCCUGCACAUCUGUGAUCAGGUGAGCGUUUUUGGGUUUGGAGCAGAUAAAGAUGGAAACUGGCAUCAUUACUUUGAACAUAAUAAGCAUCCUCGUAAUGCUGGCAAUCAUGGAGGAAGCUAUGAGUAUCUUAUUGUACGUAAUCUUCAUGAGAAACAAGGAAUUCAUCUGUAUAAAGGAUGGUGA